AUGGCCAUCUCGUCACGACUCGCUCUGUGGGAGCAGAAGAUUAGGGAAGAGGACCGGAGCCCCCCGCCCGCCUCCCCGCCUUUGCCUUUCUCCAUCAUUCCUGGGGGGUUCAUCAAGCAGCUCGUGCGGCAGAACGAAAAGGAGUCCAAGGCGCUGAGGCUGAAAGAGGACGUUGCCUCGGAUUCCCAGGAAGAUCCUCCUGGGAAGCCGGAGGUGGGGCCCGUGCAGCAGUUUGUGAUCAAGGAGGACGACCGCUUGGAAGGGGGGGCCAGCAUGACCAGCAGCAGGGGGCAGCUGGCACAGGGCAGGCUGAACGGGGAGAAGCCAUCGGGGGAAGGGAGGGUUGCCCUCCCGGAGAAGAAGACGCUGCCCUUCAGGAUAGGCCCCCCAAGGAGGAACGCCAGGCUCUUUGGGCCCGAUCCGGCUCCAGCUGCUCCCCCCAAAGUGGAAGAGAAGGUCCCCCUGGCCGGAGCGCCUGCUGCAGAAGCAAGCGAAGGCCCGCCCGACUCCAGGCCUGGCACGGCAGCUGCCCGGGGCAAAGGCCUUGAGAGCCCCAGGAAGGAGACGGCCCAGGGAGGGACCAAGCCGGGCAGGGGGGCAAGAGGGACGGGGAAGAGGAAAGAGACCGGGGCAGAUGGAGAGGAGAGAGGGAAGAAAGGAGAGAGGGAAGAAGGGGACGUGGCCGAAGGCAGGAAGGGGCCAGGAGAGGCGUUGGCAGCUGCCAGCCAGGAAAGGGGAGGUGCCGGGAUGGGACCUGGGGGAGCUCAGCAAGCAGAGGCUCCGGCCGGGGGAGGGGGGGAGCAGGGACCCCCUGGAGCAGCAGCAGAGGUUGAGGGGGGCCUGGAAGAAGCAGCGACGGUCUUGGCAGGAGAAGGACGAGAGGAUCCGGAAGAGAGUCCCGAUUCCAGCCAGGUCUCUGAGGACGUCUGGUUUGAAACGGAGAAAGUCUGGCUGGUUCAGAAGGAAAACUUUGCUCUUGCCACUGAGCUGAAGCCAGACGUGGGCACUCCGGAGCUGCCUCCGGGAACCGUGCGUGCUCGCCUGGACGCCGAUGGCUCCAUUGUGGAGGUGGACGAAGCAGAGGUCCAGAAGGCCAAUCCGUCCAGCCUGGACUGCACCGAGGACCUGGCUGCGCUGGUCAGCCUGAAUGAGGCGAGUGUCCUCCACGUUCUCCGCCAGAGGUGCCAGGCGCAGCUGCCGUACACGUUCGCUGGCCCUCACUUGGUGGCCCUCAGGCCGGCUCCCUCCUUGGCCAGCAGCUCCACAAAGGCCUUCCAAGGCAGGAGGGACAGGAUGUCUCCGCACAUCUUUGCGGUGGCGCACAGGGCCUACUGGCGCAUGCUGAUGCAGAGGCAGGACCAGGCCAUUGUGCCCCUGGGCAGAAGCAACACGGGAAAGACGGCCGCUUGCCAGAGCAUCCUGGAGUACCUUGUGGCCACCGCGGGCAGCGUGGACAACCGGGUCACAGUGGAGAAGAUCCAGGCCGUGUUCACGGUGCUCAGAGCCUUUGGCACAGUACCCGCUGGGCCUAACGGAGCCUCCACCCGCUUCUCCAUGGUCAUGGCGCUGGAUUUCAGUGCCUCUGGGCAUGUAACGGCUGCCCAUCUCCAGACGAUGCUGCUAGAAAGAGCCCGGGUGGCGCAGCAGCCCGAGGAAGAGGGCACCUUCAACGUCUUCUCGCAGAUGCUGGCAGGGCUGGACUUGGACCAGAGGUCAACUUUGCAUCUGCAUCAGAUGGCAGAGAACAGCUACUUUGGCAUCAGAGCCAGCCUGAAGGGAGAAGAGAAGCAGGAGGCUGUGGCCGCCUUUGCUCAGCUCCAAGCCGCCCUGGGGACCCUGGGGGUGGAGGCGGCUGAGCAGGAAGCGCUCUGGCGAGUCUUGGCUGGCAUUUAUCACCUGGGGGCUGCUGGUGUCUGCAAAGUGGGCAGGAAACAGUUCCUGAAGUUCGAGUGGGCCAACCGGGCAGCGGAUGUCUUGGGCUGCGAGGCGGAGGAGCUGACCACGGCCGUCUUCAAGCACCACCUGCAGCGGAUCCUUGAGCAGGUCACCGCUGGAGCCGGCCUGGAGGAGCCAUCGGACGGACCCAAGCUGAGUGGGGUGGAGUGCCUGCAGGGCAUGGCUGCUGGUUUGUACGAGGAGCUCUUUGCAGCCGUGGUGAUGCUGAUCAACAGGUCCUUCUCCUCCAGCCACCUCUCCAUGGCCUCCCUGAUGGUGGUGGACGCCCCCGGCUUCCUCAGCCCCCGGCACCGGAAGGGAGAGCGGGCGGCCACCUUUGAGGAGUUCUGCCACAACUACGGGCAGGAGCGGCUGCAGGGGCUCUUCUACACGGCCUCCCUGGAGUCCGAAGUGGGCAGAUACCGGGAGGAAAACGUUGAGGUGCCUUUUGAUCUGCCUGAACUCUCCCCAGCCGCCACGGUGGCCCUGGUAGAUCAGGACCCGUCCCAGAUGCUCCUCUCUCCCGGGGGCCCCUCGGAAGGCCCCCAGGGCCUGCUCUGGAUCCUGGAUGAGGAGUCCCUGGUCCAGGGCUCCAGUGACAGCAGGGCCCUCGACCGCCUGUGCUCGGCCUUCGAGAAGGAAGGUAAGGCCAAAGGGGAGAGCUUGGGAGUCCUGCGCAGGUGUGAGCAGCCCCUGCAGUUUGAGGUUGCCCACCGACUGGGCAAGGACCCCGUCCGCUACGAUGCCACCGGCUGGGUGAGCAAGGCCAAGUGGAACCUCUCUGUGCAAAACGCCAUCCAGCUGCUGCAGCGGUCCACGAUAGGGGCUCUGAGGAAAGUCUUCCUGCCACGCGCCCACGUGCCCCUGCUCUGCCGGUCGGUGGCGGGCUGGGAGGGCCACUCGCAGCAGGCCCUGCAGCGCAUCGGCUGCGUCAGGAAGACCUUCAGCAGCAGCUUUGCCACCGUGAGGAAGAGGUCGGUCUGCGCCCAGAUCAAGCUGCAGCUGGACGCGCUCAGCAAUCUGGUCAAGCGGUCUCAGCUCCACUUUCUCCAUUGCCUUGACCCGGGGACGCCAGGAGAGCCUCGGCCCCCCACCGAGGCCUCGGAAGCCUCCCCAGGACCGGCCUGGGACAUUCCCACCCUGCGCGCCCAGCUCUCCGGCAGCCUGAUCCUGGAGGCCCUGCGGCUCUACAGAAUCGGCUAUGCGGAUCGCAUGGAGUUGGCCCAGUUCCGGCGGCGUUUCCAGGGCUUGGCUCAGCCGGAGAUGAAGAGGUUCACCUCCGCCUAUGAGCUGACGGAUGAGAAGAAGGCCCUGGAGGAACUCUUCCGAGCCCUCGACUUGGAGAAGAAGAGCCUGGCGCUGGGCCACACUCAGGUCUUCCUGAAGGCCGGCGUCCUUCCGCGGCUGGAGAAGCAGCGAGAGAAACUGGUGUCCCAGAGCCUGGUCCUGCUCCAGGCGGCCUGCAGGGGCCUCCUGUCCCGCCAGAGGUUCCAGAGACUAAAGAUUCAGAGCCUGGCUGCCCGAUGCAUCCAGAAGAACCUGGCCGUCUACCGAGCCGUGCAGAGCUGGCCGUGGUGGCAGCUGAUGUGUGGCAUCCGGCCACUCCUGACCAUCAGCCUGGCAGAAGGGCAGCUCCAAGUCAAAGAGGAGGAACUUGCAAUGCUCCAAAAGAAAUUGGAAAAUUCAGAGGUUUCUCGCCAGGAGCUUCGGCAGAACACCGAAUUGCUGGAAACCAAGGUCAUAGACCUCACGGCGGAGCUGUCGGACGAGCGCUUGAAAGGAGACGUGGCCUGCCGGGUACUGGAUGCGGAACGGGCCGAGAGGCUGCGGGCAUCGAAGGAGGCCAAAGAGCUACAGGGCAAGCAGCUCCAGCUCCAGAAGCGGCUGGAGGAGGCCGAAAAGCAGCUGGGCGAAACACAGCAGCAGCUCCAGCUCCGUGAGAUCGAGGCCAACAGCUCUGCGAAAGGGGACGAGUGGCAGAUGCGCCUGGACUGUGCAGAGACCGAGACUGCAUUUCUGCGGAAAAGGAUCGCCCAGCUGGAAGAGAGGCUGCAGCGGGAGCAGCAGUCCAAAGCGGAUGUGGAGCAAAAGCUCAGCCAGGUCCAGCAGCUGUACGGGGAGGCCAGGCGGACGGCCCAGCAACUGAAGCGGAAGUGCAAGCAGCUGACCUGCGAGCUGGAGGACACCCGGGUGCUGAUGGAGAACCAGCAGAUCCGCAACCACGAACUGGAGAAGAAGCAGAAGAAGUUCGACCUGCAGCUGGCCCAGGCGCUGGGGGAGUCGGCCUUCGAGAAGAGCCUCCGUGAGAAAGUGGCGCAGGAGAACUCCAGCCUGCAGUUCCAGCUGGGCAGCGUGCGGCAGAGCCUGGAGCGAAAAGAGUCGGACAACAAGGGCCUCGGCCAGCGGGUCGCAGCGCUCAGCUCCCAAGUGGAGGGGCUCAGCAACACUGCCAGCCUGGAUGCCGGCGGCCCAGCCGCCCUGCAGAAGAAGCUGUGGGACCUCGAAUCCAGGGCCUCGGAGCAGCAGCAGGAGCUGAGCCAGCAGACAAAGGCUGUUGAGCAGCUGGAGCAGCUUCACCUGAGACUGGAGCUGCAGCUGGAGCGGGCGAAGCAGAUUCACCGGAAGGAGCUGGAAGACAAGGAGGAGGAGCUGGAGGACACCCGCACAUCCUGCCAGAAGCGGCUUCGCCAGCUGGAGAUGCAGUGGGAACAGGAGUGUGAGGAGAAGCAGGCCCUCCUGCGCGAGAAGCGGGAUUUGGAGAGCCUGGUGGCCACCCUCUGUGAGCAGAUUGGCCAUCGGGACUUCGACGUGGAGAAGCGACUCCGGCGUGACCUGAAAAGGACCCACGCCUUGCUAGCUGACGUCCAGCUGCUGCUGGAGACCUCCGGGGCAGACCCAGGCCCAUCAGGAAGCCAGGAGGAGUGGGCCAAGCUCCACAGCCAGUGGGAAGACAGCGCAGCCAGGUGUGCCGAAGCCCAGGAGUCUCAGAAGACGCUCUCACUCGAGGUGGAGAAUCUGCACUCGGAGCUGGAGACGGCCACCAGGAACAAAAACCUGGUGGACGAACAGCUGUACCAGCUGCAGCACGAGAAGGCCGACCUGCUCAAGCGCAUCGAGGAGGACCAGGAGGACCUGAACGAGCUCAUGGCGAAGCACAAGGCCCUGAUUGCACAGUCGGCCACAGACAUCGCCCAGAUCCGAGAACUGCAGGGGCAGCUGGAGGAGGUGAAGAAGGGGAAGCAGGCCCUGCAGGAGAGACUGCAGGCGGCCCAGGCCAGGCUCUCCUACCUGGAGCAAGCGAUGGUGGAGCGCUCCAUCGUCAGUCGCCAGGAGGCCCUGAUCUGCGACUUGGAGAACAAGAUGGAGUUCCAGAGCAUCCAGGUCAAGCGGUUUGAGGCGCUGGUGCUCCGUCUCCGGGACAGCGUGAUCAGGAUGGGAGAGGAGCUGGAGAAGGCGAAGGAAAGCGAAGCACGCGAGAGGGAGAACGCCCACUACUGCCGGCUGCGGCUGGAGGAGAUGAAGGCCGACAUGAGGGAGCUGGCGCAGAGGGAGCUGGAGGCCAGUCGCAAGCGGGUGGACCUGGAGAAGCAGGUGGACGAGCUCUCGGCGGUCAGGCAGACUCUGCAGGCGGACCUGGAAACCUCGAUCCGGCGCAUUGCAGACUUGCAGGUGGCUUUGGAAGAGGUGCAGUCGAGCGAUGAAGGCGAGGCGGAGAGGGCGAACAAAGACCCGGAGAAAAGCUGGCAGUCAACCUCCUUGCUAAGUGGGAAAGGGAAGGGGGGCUACGGACGGUGCGGAGGAGGAGACCCGGAAAGCCCUUCCGCUGGCUCUCUGAGGCGAGACUCUGGGCGGCCCCAGGGGGGAUUUGACAGCGCCCCCAAGUCAGAGGCUGCGUCCCUCUCCGCAAGGAGGCCGGUCUCCUCUCCGGCCGCGGCAGCCGAAGAGACGCUUCCUUUCUCUCCCUCCCCAAGCAGGAGACUCCCUCCUUUGGCGGAGGAGGACCACCGGCUGCCCCCGUCCUCCUCCUCUGCGCUCUCUGAGUACGUGGAAGGGCUGCGGAGGGAGCGGCUGAAGGCUCAAGCGCCCUUGGAGGAGGAGGAGGAGGCCUCCUCCUUGCCCAUUUACCAAACCACCGGGGCUCCCUUCCUCAGGAGACGCAGGGCCCUGAAGGAGGACAGCGGAGACUUCCAAAUCCACCUGGAGGAGCUUGGUGCAAACCCCGGAGUCGACCUGGUCCGCUCCUCCGGUCUGAGAAGCCCCUCCUCGGAUUGUGGGCUGCGGCCAUCCUUCUCCCCGGUCCUGAAAAGGGCCUCCCGGUUUGGCUCCUUCGACUCCCUCGUCGGGCAGAACACACAGGAGGGCCCUUACGCCAAAGUUGCCUCUCCGGUCCUGGGUGAAGACGUGGUCGGCCCGUCGCGGCCGAGGCCACGGAGAAGCUGCCUGGAGCCCUCCUUGGAAGACAGCCUGGAUUUCGGGAAGGAGCCCCUGACGUUCCAAAGCAGGAGGCUGGGGGAGACUCCGGGUGAAGAAAAGGAUCCGUUUCCUUGGAAAAUACCAACACUGAGUUACGAGCGGAAAACAGAGGCCGACUUGGACGACUUCCUGCCUGCCGUCCGGAAAGCUCAGUCCACCAGUAGCCUGUCCAGAGGCCCCAAGGAGAGGAAGGAUGGACAGCGGCCCCCCAGUGUCCAUUUUGAAGACCACGUUGCCCCUCAGCGCACUUUCCUAUCCGAGAUAAAGACCGUUUUAGCCCCACAGUGGAAGGCCAAGGAGCAGCCCGGCCACCUCUCCGACUCCGACUCCUCUUCUUCGGGCUCGGGGGUGUCUUUCAAAAGUGCCGACAGCAUCAAGUGCCGGCCCAGAGUCCGGAGGCAGGAAGGGGAAGGCUGCGUGGGCAGCCAAGGGAGCGCGGAAGGGGUGAAAGGUGACCCACGGUCCGAGGCCGAAGGGAAAGAAGACGACGUGACCAGCAUCAUGAUGAAAUACCUUGGAAAAGAGUAAGGGCUUCAGCAGCGGCAUGAAAAACGGAUCUGCAAGCAGGUUUUCUUCUGUGGAUGAUGGAUUCUCCCCCACUGGUGCUGCCAGAACCAUAAUGCACAACCACGGGAGUGGGUGUGGGUGUGCCUAGGUGUGAAAGAGACGGAUGUGCAGGCCUUCCCCCUCGGGAGCCGUUUGGGGAGCUCUCUUGGACUGACGCCAAAUAAAACAU